CCAACCAGGACCUAUUCAGGAAUAGGAUACAACUACAAUACAACCGAAAUUUGUAAUAGCAAAUCGCGAGGAUCGUCAAAAUGGGCAAGCCUAUACACCCAGUGGCCCACGAGCUAGGCCUCGCCAAGGAGAAGAUCGAGUAUCUUACACGACAAAAUGACGAGUUAAAGGCCGAAAUGGCCCGGCUUACAUCGAAGCUUCGAAAACAGGGUACGCCACCCCCCAGACCAGUAAGCACUCGAUCAUCCAACACAGAGAAGGGCUAUCUUAAAGUCACGGCUGCUUCGCGAAAUCGAAGUAUCGAACCGUCCAUCCAGAAGAAAGAAACCGCCCCGACCGGCCCGGAGGGACGCAUACUCAUAAAAGGUGGUCAAACCGGGUUAUCCACUUUCAAAGACGGCGAGCUGGUACCAUUAAAUCGCCACUUAUCCUGGUACCAGCCGAGCUAUAUGCAAAGCACGGCAUCGACGUGGAUAAAGUCCCGUGAACCGAUUAGGUAUAAUCGGAACACUAAUUGGACAGAAGAACUAGAAUGGGAUUGCUGGAAGGAUACCAGCUGCAGCUGGGAGCUCGACGACAGGCCCAAGUACCCGGAAGUCGAACAACCGCCCAACUACGAGGACAUCACCCUAGUCAAAACCGUCCAAGAUCAGCUGGCGGAAAAGACCGAACUCGGCAGGGGCAUCGCGAUCCACCUACGCAUUGCUCCUGUCAGGAGCAGAGUAAAGGAAAGUUUCUUGAAGCGCGCAUUAAAAGAAGCUCAAGAGAUCGUCUUCUACGGGCUACGAAAACAUUUGCAGACGCACAGCAAAGUAUUCAGGGAACCAAGUGAGAUUCGAUUCGGCAGGAUAGAGAUGGAAAACUCUCUAUUCAUAAUGUUUCCCGACUCUAUCACUAUCGAAGGGCAUGAGUGCGAGCGCGAGGUCGAGCACAGAAUAUCUAAUAUGACGUAUCUCCGAAACACCGUCUGUCACUUUGGUCGAUUCGAAGCGUCCUUUAGUCUCGAACAUUACGAUGACUACAUGAAGGAUGUGCAUCGACUGGCGGUGGUGUUCGCAGAUGAGUCCAGAGCCAAGAAAAUGCGCAAGAUGCGAGACCAAUUCAUAGCCGAAGCCGAAAGGGAAUUCGCCGUCCUAGAGACCAUGUCGACUCUCGCCGAGCUCCCGGGAGCAGAAUAUAAGCUCCACCAAGUAGACGCCUUCAAACAGAAUAUAGACGAUUGCUGGGGUAGUGAGGAGGCCGAUCAUAUACUCCCGUUCUUCAUGCGCGCCGCAUUUGAUUAGGAAAACAAAUGGGCCACAAACGAGGACCUGAAGGAGCCUAUACUUCGAUGUAACGACAGGCGGGCCCAGGAGAACGCGCAAGCCGAACCUAGUGGAACACAGGAUACGGGUGAUAGUGACGACG